AUGCGUGGGGCCCCCCAACUGGCUUCCCCCUGUGCCAGCAAGUUCCUGCAGUGCAAGAGGGAGAGAGCCUAUUGGGACCACAGGAGCAAGGUAGAGAAUGCCCAGCCGUUUGUGGACACCUGUGCCCCACCAACUUUUAGCCACCUCCACCUGAAGCUCAAGAGGCUGAAGCUGGAGCAGGAACGGCUCUCCACCAUCGAGAGGGACAACUGUCUGCUUUUGGAGAAGGUGGCCUCUGUCAUGAGGACCAGAGCACAGCCUGGCAGCAGAGGCAACUCCACGUGCAGGAGGUACCAGGCCCCCUGCAGUGGUCCAAGCACAGGCUCGAGGGGCGGGACAGAGGCUGAGCAGAAUUUGCUGUCUGUGAGCUGGAGUUGA